AUGAAGAGAAUGAUAUAUACAGAUUAUUGGUAUAGAAGCAAUGUGGAGAUGGCCAACUGUUCAGACGAAUCAACAAAUCCCAGAGCACAUGUAGAAGAAACAAAUGAACCAGGUCAAGGAUUUGCCCCUAUAUGCUACACACAGAACAGACCAAGACCCAAUGCAGAAUCUUCAGAAAGUUUGAAGCGAAAACUUCAAAAUGAUGAUGAAGAAACUGAGCGAGAAUUCAAAACCAGAAAAUGUCUUACAUCAGUAAAUGUGAAGGACUAUGCCUAUAGAAAGUACCAUGAAGGUCUCGAGCAGGAUAACAAGCAUUUGAAUCUCCAAAUGAUCAUGAACAACGAAGUUGCAAAUGAAAAUGAGAAAGUUCUUCUUGACAGAAUAAAAGAUUUGGAGGAAGAUCAAAAGAAUUUCCGAAAGUCUACAGAAGAAAGAUUUAACAGAAUUUGGGCGAUGUGCAAUAGAGUUAAAUGUGUUAUUUGUAAAUGCACAUUUAAUUCAUCAAAUAAACGAGCCAUCAUUCACCCAAUGGGAAGAAGCAUCUGUGAGGAAUGCGCAAACCCAACAACACUUGGAAAUGCUCAAGAUUUGUUAGACACAUCAUUAGAUGAUCAAGUCCAAAAUGAGGCACGGCUUUUUGCCAACUCAGCAUUAAACAACUUAAUAAAAGAUCUUGAAUCUGAACACAGAAAUCAUUCUGGACAAAAUGUUUAA